AAUCACUUGAGCAACAAUUCGCUCUUUCGCUCAUGGAGCAUGUUCUUCUUCCUGCUUGUGCAGGCCGUGCAAGCCCAGUGAGCCACACCAAGGCCUCCAUCCACGGGCAGCUUGCAGAAUGGGCUGCAGCUUGGCAGGACGUCUCCAGACGUGAGGCUGUGCUUGAUUCCAUUCGCCAUGAUGUGCAGAACAUGAGCUUCGGGCUGGCAAGCACAUAUGCCAGCUGGGCUGCCGACUUGUCCAACUCAGCAGGCAACUACGCUGUGGCCGCUACAAUUUUGGAGUCAGUGGCAAUGCUUCCAGAGUGCUUGGUCGAUCUGAAAAUCAUGGAUGAGCUUCAGAUCCGCUGCCCUCAGAAGAUGUUCAAAAUUGCGAUCCAGAAGCUCUUCAGCAUGGGUGACAGCCAGAGCGCCACGGAAGUUUGGAAGCGAGCAAGGAGCCUGUUUCGCGGAUCUACACGUUUUUUCGCAGAGCUUCUGCCUGAGGAUGAGGCUGCGAUUCCGUGGCCGUCUGCGUUGGAGACACCCACGAUCUGGAUACGGGGCCUGCGCCAGCAGCCUUUUUGGGACUGUCACCAGGCCUGGCCCUUUGUCCGCAACUUGGAAGCCCACGCAGAGAAGAUCUUGGCUGAGGCCAGCCAAGCAGCCCCUCAGUUACAGAAGGCCUAUCCGUACUUAUUUGCCAAGGGAUCAUGGCAGAAUUUGUUCCUGUUCCGGGGGCGCUCCUGGAAUGCGGAAGUGUGCGCUGCAAUGCCGCAGACCUGCCAACUGCUGCUGCCAGAGAUUCCCACCAAGCCUGGACUCCCACUGGUGGUGCCCAACAACGAAGAGAUCGUUUUGUUCCGCUCUGUCAAUGGUGCUUAUGUAGGGCCCCACAGCGGAGCUGCGAACAACCAGAUCAACAUCCAUUUGACUCUCAAAGGAGGCAGUGGUGUUACACUCAACAUUGCUGGCGAGAGUCGUGAGCUGCAAGCUGGAAAAGCGAUUUGCUUUCAGGACAGCUAUCUGCAUAGCUUAGAGCACAAAGGCGACAGUCUGGAUUCUGAGCGGGUGUCCUUGGUGGUACGCGUGCUGCACCCCGACUCACAUGUCACCAGCUUCUUGGGCCGCCGCACGGAGGCGGAGGGCUCGGUGGCUGAGUUCAGCGAGGCCGCGGCCCUGCGCGCGGAGCUUGCCCGGCUGCGCGACCACUACCGACGUCUCGCCGGCACUUCCCGUGAAGAGCCCUGCAAGGGGCCGCAGCCAACUCAAGCUGAAGUCGCUGCAGCGCAAGAAAUGUUUGACUUUCUGAGCAGCGAGUUCAACCCGACUGAAGAUGAUGAUUCACAAGAUCCACUGGAUGCUAUCGUGGUGCUCUCCAACUGGUAUGACCGUGUCUCCAAGGUCAAGAAAGUCUUGGAGCUGGCAGCCCGGCACCGCUCCACGCCGAUAAUUCUGGUGGGUGGCCGGGGGCGCUUGUCGUCGAUCCGGGCGGCGGAGCUGGACGGGGAGGCCCACGCCACGCUGGCGCAGCUCCUGGUGCUGCUGGAGAUCCCCGGGGAACUCGGCGCGGCCAUCAACUCCAACCGGGUGGUGGCCAUCAGCUGCAACGAGUGCCCCACGGAGCAGCUGCGCUUGAAAUGCGGCUGCGUCGGGAACACCGGCUUCAACGCCGAUCGUUUCCUGGAAUGGGCAGCGAUGCACUUGCCUCCUCUACAUCGACCCCGGAUGGUGGCAGUGGUCGAAGAGUCCUACCUUGUGCGCCGCGUUGCUGCGACAGUUCUUGGCCGUCUCUCUGGUUUUGGUGACACACACGUCCACAACCACUCGACGAUGCAGAUAAGAGUUCUCAACUCGCGAGAUCCAAACGAAGGGCUGCAGCAGAUGAUGGAGGUUCAUGGGUCAAUGCCAAGUGCGAUGUUGCACCUGAUGGCAAGCGAGGUUGUUCGUCUGGAUGAGUACUCCCGUGGAGAAGGUUCACCUCAUUUGUUUCCAAGAGAAUUUGUUUUGGGCGAUAUCAAGGCCACUAGGGAGCUUGCGUCCGCCGUUUUUCAGGGCCUGCUUGGCCCGGAGCCAAGUCUCGACGGAUCGGCGAGACCCGCACGCACUCUGAGGCGCUGCUCGCGACCUAUCCGUGCGCCACGCAGAGCCGAUGGAGAGAGCUGCCGGCGACAGGCGGCUCUUUUGGCGCUGUGUGGCGCCAAGGGACUUGGAUGGCCCGGCUGCUUGGGCUGUGCCUGAAGCGCCGGGUGAAGCCUGGGGAUUCUGGCGUGAGAAGUGUGAAAAAGUGGCGGAG